ACGCGCCCCGAUGGUUUUACAUAAAUGCAAAACCGGAUACCGCGGGUUAAAAACACACACUAACUAAAGCUGAUCUCAGAUCCGCUUGGUGAGCCCGUUACGGCCACUUCCAGUCCUUGCAGGCAGUAAAACAGGUCGUGCUACACCCUGGGGUAUCCCCGCCGUGCUUUAUCGCCGCUCCACUUUUCUCCCAAUAAGCGGGCGGGGGUGACACGCGGGUGGGGUUGUCCGGUCUGUGCAUGUAGCGCCGUUACGCGGGCGCGGGUUUCUGCCGAAGCGGUGGCGUUGGCUCUUCCAGGACCUGGACGCGUCGCUUCCUUUCAGCCAUAGGAGUCGGACGGGCUUCCCUACGGUCGUGUUUGUGUCGGUGUGCACCGCGGCUUUCGCCACACCAUGAGGACAACGGGGCGACUCGACUCGUGCUAGGCGUCACCCCCCAUGGUGUAGCUCCCUGUCCUCCACCCGCUGCUAGCCCAACGCCAUGUCGACAGCGGCCGCCGGAGGCGCGUCCUCCUGCAUGGGCGCCGUCGCCGGUUGCGGCUCGUCCGGUUCCUCGUACGUCGGCGCGGGAGUCGCCGGCCGGCUGCCGGCCCGCGUCCUGGAGCACGUCUUCUCCUACCUGGACCUGUGUGACCUGAUGCGCUGCUCGCUGGCGUGCUGGCACUGGUACAACGUGCUGUCCGACGAGAACAGCGAGGUGUGGCGCAGUCUGUGCGGCCGCACCCUCAGCGAGGAGGCGCUGCGCUCCGACAUACUGUGCAACCUGCCCACCUACAAGGGAAAGCUCAAGUCGUUCCAGCACGCCCUGAGUUCCCAUGACUGCUCUCGCAAUGUGUAUGUGAAAAAGAACGGUUUCACCUUGCACCGCAACCCCAUCGCCCAGAGCACAGAUGGUGCACGCGGGAAGAUUGGCUUCACUGAGGGGCGCCAUGCCUGGGAGAUCUGGUGGGAGGGUCCCCUCGGCACUGUGGCGGUAAUUGGCAUUGCCACAAAGCGAGCGGCCAUGCAGUGCCAGGGCUACGUAGCCCUGCUGGGUAGCGAUGACCAGAGCUGGGGCUGGAACCUUGUCGACAACAACCUGCUUCAUAACGGUGAAGUCAACGGCAAUUUCCCCCAGUGUAACAAUGCACCAAAAUAUCAGAUCGGGGAGAGAAUACGAGUAAUUUUGGACAUGGAUGACAAGACUUUGGCCUUUGAGAGGGGCUUUGAGUUCCUUGGCGUGGCGUUCCGUGGACUUCCCAAAGCCUGCCUGUUCCCCGCCGUCUCUGCAGUCUAUGGCAACACUGAAGUCACGAUGGUGUACCUGGGCAGGCCGCUGGAUGGCUAGACACAAAGCAGUCCCAUUAUCAAAACUACUGGGGAAGUGCAGAACAUUGGGUUUUUUUUUGUUUUUUUUGUUUUUGAUUUUAAUGGAUUGCUCCACUUGUUCAUGUGCAUCUGGUCAAAAGCUGUCUCUUGAGACAAUGCCAUGUCUCUCCAAAGCAGACUGACCUCUUUCACUCUCACAAAUAAGACUGUUGAUGUUUCCUUUACGGCAGAAACUCAACCACAAAUCAGUUGCUCAUUACGUGGAUUCUGGGAAAUGGAGAAAGGUGGAGGGUCUGUUUUUAAAGGUUUUUUUCCUUUCAUGUGGAGCUACCCACAUUAGCUGCUGGAUUUCUUUUUGUGUGUAGGGUAUAGAAACAUGUUUUUAUUAAGAUGGAUGGAAUUCAGUAUUCACCAACUCACUCAACCUCCAUUUGUUGAAGAUGUAAUGUCUGCUCGAGUUUGGCCAAACCAGUCAUAAACUGUGGCAAAUCAUUUCAACAAACACGAAGUAGUCGUUAUCAAAAGCUAGCCAAUGUGGGAGAAAAGGGAAGCAGUUGAUAAUGAUUGAACACAGUUUAAACUGCCAUAGAGCAUCAGAUCAACAGUGAUUUUAUGCCAAAACUAUUUUACCUGAAGUUAUAUUUGCAUACAGGCAAAAGGAUAUCUGGUAUUGAAGACUGGACUGCUUCACAUUAUCAGAAAUAGUCAUGUGAGCCCUUGAAUUUUGGCCAUUUGGAGCAUGUCCCCUGUUUAAAUACUCAGAUUUCCAGGCGGUGGAGACUAGGAUUGUAUGUUACUGUGUAUCCUUUUUAUUGUAGUAUUGUAGUAUUACACACUAUUUAUUUCUUGAUUUUUUUUUUCCAUAUGGUACCAGAAGUGGGGUCAUGGGGCCCCAAAAUAAAGUCUACAUGGUGCCAAUUGUAAUUGUCAGUAAAAGAUGGCCGUAAUAUUGUGGUUUGAUUCCUCAGCCUGGCUUUUUGUCAGUGUAUGUACAAUUUAAUCACAGAUCUUGUUUUAACCCUGCUGUCCAAAGUGGUCACCUCAUAAUUUAAUCUUAAGCAUACAUUAAGCGUUAAUUAGCAUGAGCAUGAGAGGAAAUCCGGAUCACACCGUAACUUUCUAAUGCGUAUAAAGUGUAGCUUGUAUUAGUGGUAGAUAACAGCCAUCUUACUGGGCAGACGAUGUAAUCUCUAUUGAUAGUAACACGCCAUCUGGCCAACAGGGGGCGCCAAAUGUGUAGACUGACCAUGCAGAAGAAGUAGGUUUGAGCAACCUGCAAGGGUCCACCAGUUUAAAAUAUAGGUUCACUUUUUUGUUUUUGUUUUUUAAUCAAGAUUUUAUUAAAACAUUGUCGAGCAUCAUUAAAAAUCGUCCAGUCAGAAACUCCACUGACUGUUUCAGUACUGAGAAACUUGGUCUUCCUGGAUACCAACAAAUCAAUGUGGCAAUCAUUUAAACCCAUGUUAAACCUUAUAAAACGUCUAUUUGGCUAAUUUCAAAGUGAAUGCAGUUUCCCCCCCAGACUGCACGUUAACACAUUGGCUUUAAAGGUCUGAGAAGGCCUGUAAAGGUCUGU